AUGCAUCAGAUGGUUAUCUUCUACGACAGUGACUGGAACCCCACAGUUGACCAGCAAGCUAUGGAUCGAGCCCACAGACUAGGACAAACCAAGCAGGUCACUGUCUAUCGGCUUAUUUGCAAAGGGACAAUUGAGGAACGCAUCCUACAGAGAGCCAAAGAAAAGAGUGAGAUUCAGAGGAUGGUAAUAUCAGGAGGAAAUUUUAAACCUGACACCCUGAAACCCAAAGAGGUGGUCAGCUUGCUGCUGGAUGAUGAGGAGCUGGAGAAAAAAUUGCGUUUACGGCAGGAAGAGAAACGGCAGCUGGAGGAGAGCAGUAAGGUGAAAGAGCGGAAGAGGAAGAGGGAGAAGUAUGCAGAAAGGAAGAGAAAGGAGGAUGACCCAGACACUAAGAGGAUGAAAGAAGGAGUGAAUGUAGUCAUCCCUUUUGUCCCAUCUGCAGACAACUCCAAUCUGUCGGCAGAUGGAGAAGACUCGUUCAUCAGUGUGGACAUGGACUCUGCCAUGCCCAGCCCCUUCAGUGAGAUCUCGCUGAGCAGUGAGCUCCAGCCCAGCUCCAUUCCUGCAGACGAAAGCAGCAGCGACAUGCUGGUAAUUGUGGACGAACCCAUGUCUUCUGCUCCACAGACCCGUGCCACCAACUCUCCCGCUUCCAUCUCCGGCUCUGUGUCUGACACGAUGAAUGGUGUCUCCUCCCAAGAUAUAUCCAGUCCAGGCAGGGGAAGGUCCAGUCGGAGUCGAGGACGACCCCAAGGGUCUGGAGGAGCCGGGAAGUCUUCUGUGAGAAAGGGAAGAGGACGGAAGUCCACCGCAGGCAGUGCUGCAGCCAUGGCGGGGGCGAUGGCAGGGGCGGCAGCUGCGUCUGCAGCUGCGUAUGCCGCAUACGGCUACAGUGUGUCCAAAGGUAUUCCAGCAGCUGGCUCCUUACAACCGGCUCUUAUUCGGUCUUCAACCACACCUGCCUUUGUUCCAGCUGGCACCUCCUCCCCCCAGGCUAAAGGAAGCGCUGUGGCCACCAACUCACAGACUUUAGCACACGGCAGUUCACAAAGCCAACACAACGCCACUAAGAGAGCCAAAGGACCCAGCAACCACAGUGGGCGGUAGCAGCUUGUGAAUGUUCGCUUUUUGAUUGUAGCAUGGCCAGUACAUUUUCAGUCCACGGUUGAUGAUUCUCACGCUUACGAUGUCGAGCCUUGCUUACACCGCAAGCCCUACUGUCACUGGGAAACCCGACCUGAUGCACACCCCAAUUUAGCAUCCAUUUUGGGUGCUGGUGAGCAGUAUGGGAGGUUGCACACUUCCCUAAAAGCCUAAACAAAGUCACUUUCCAUUGAGAAUUUGAUCUUCUGAAUAUGAAAUUUAACUAAUUGUUCCUUAUGUACAGAAAAUAGCCAUUGUAAAGGUUGACAAAAGAGUUAGUUAUUCCAGUGCCAGCCCUAUUUUUUGGUUUUCUGAUGACCAAGUAAGCAAAGGGCAACAGGGCCAAAUGAAGGAACCAAGAUUUUUCUUCAUCUUCUGGCGCUGAUCAUGAGAUGCUCGGCAUCAUUAUGAGCAGAGAUGAGUUGAAAUGGGAACAGGGAAGGAAUGUUGGUUGUUGAACACCUUCUUGAACCAAGUCUUUUCCUUGAACACAUAGGAACAGAUAAGACUGCUUUUGUAAGAUUGCGCUUAUUUUUGUAGGACAGACUCGUUGACAUUUGUUCAGUUUAAAAUACCGAAUGGCCUUCUUUCAAUGUUUAUUUGCUGCAAAUUCAAAGAUUUUGGCUUAAAUGCUAAUAUAUAUUUUCUCUUGGGAAGAAUAAAAUAAAUCAAUGUUUUUUGUAGUAAAUGCAAUGGAAAAAUGUCUGAAGUGAGUGCUGCUCGAAAAACGUCAGCUCAGAUUGUGACUUAAAAUACUUGGAUGUGAAAUGUAUCAUAGCUUAAGUUAAAACCUGGUAAUUUAUGAUGAGCUGUGCUAGUUGUAAAUUGUAUCAAAGCGGUUUUAUUUUUAAAUAACAUGAAAAAGUCCAUAAUUUUGUUGCAUCUGUGACGUAUGGCUGUGGUUUUGAGGAAGGCCAUUUAUGGGUUUAUUUUGUCUUUAAAAGUGAUGAUAAAUGUUAUAUGGAUGUAAAUACUUCAAGGGUAUCGUCCCUUUCAAAGUUCUCCAUUUCCCCCCAAUUGCUUGUCUAUUUUUAUAGGUCAGUGUAAAUACCUGGAGAAAACCCCAAAUGGUCCUUUUACUAACUUGGAGAAAAACUAAAUAAACAUUGAUUCAGUGCUUUGAAAGUUUCACUGUGGGAUCAUUUCUUUCUGCUGAAUCUUUCAAAACCCUGUCUGAUUUUAAAAAGCAAGUCUACGCCAGUUAAAUCUUUUGACCGUCGCCAUUUUGUUCUUACAAGUUCAAACGUCUUUCUUACAUAUUCAACAUAGAUACCAACUUUUCACACCCAACACACUUGACAAUCAGGUCACAGGUUCUCUUUUAGGUUUUAAUGUGCAAAAGGAAAACAAUCGUAAUGGCUUAACAGUAUUCCGCUUCAGUGCAAAUUAAAAUGGAAGUGUAUUGAGGUUUAUGCCCACAUAAAAAAUAAAAUUGAACAGCUUCAAAACUGGAUAAACAAUACAUUGUCACACAAACAUGCCUUUGUACUACAGCACCAUGUACUUGGGUCAAGAGCAGAAGACAAC